GUCUGGAAUUGACCAUGGUAGCAGUAAUGAAUGUUAAUGUCAGACGACUUUAUGCUUGGAACGCAUUUAAUAUUAACAUGUCAUCUGAUAGUUGCACGUAUUUGUUCUACGUAAACAUUAGAAAAUAAUAAAUACUUCUUUUAAUCAUGUAUGCAAAAGGGAAAACGACAACGGUUCCUUCAGAUGCUCAAGCUCGAGAAAAGUUGGCGUUAUAUGUUUAUGAAUAUUUACUUCACGUAGGUGCUCAGAAGGCUGCGCAAACAUUUUUGUCAGAGAUAAGAUGGGAGAAGAAUAUAACGCUAGGAGAACCGCCCGGGUUUCUGCAUUCAUGGUGGUGUGUAUUUUGGGACCUGUAUUGUGCAGCGCCAGAACGAAGGGACACCUGUGAACAUUCCAGUGAAGCCAAAGCCUUUUAUGAUCACGACUAUGGUUUUGUUAAUUCUGGAUAUGGAGUCAACGGUAUCGCACAUAAUGCUGGACCCACCCCUAGCCCUCUGGGUCAAAUGCCGCCAAGUGAUGGGAUGCCUGGAGGCCCAAUGCCCCCUGGCUUUUUCCCACCUUUCUUGGGACCAAGGUACCCCUCUGGGCCACGCCCUGGAGUCAGGAUGCCACAGCUCGGGAAUGAGUUCAAUGGGCCACCCGGACAAGCCAUGAUGCCAAACAGUAUGGACCCUACGAGGCCAGGUGAGGGCGGAGAUUAUGUGGGUUGGCAAGGACCCCCAGGGAUGAGUCCAAUGAACCCCAGAAUGAACCCUCCUCGAGGUCCCAGUAUGGGGCCUAUGGGUCCGGGGUCCUACGGUCCAGGCAUGAGGGGUCCGCCUCCUAACAGUGGGCUAGGUCCUGGCCCUGGUCCUGGUAUGCCUACCAUGUCCAUGGCAGGCCCUCGACCUCAGUGGCAGCCUAAUACAUCAACGCCCAUGAACUACUCAUCCUCCUCACCUGGGAAGUACGGGGGCCCACAAGGGUCAGCUGGUGCUCCUGGACCUGGAACCCCCAUCAUGCAGAGUCCUCAAGGUUCGGUGGGCCCCUACUCACCAGCCGGUCACAGAAUGCCCACUCCCAGCCCUGUAACUCGGCAAGACUCAUCCAACUCUGGAGGGGAGAACCUUUACACCAUGAUGAAGCCGGUACCUGGAGGAAACAUGUCUGGGGAAUUCCCGAUGGGUGGAGGUCCUGAAGGUGGAUCCAUGGGUCCGAUGGGCCCAGUGAUGAAUGGAGACGGUAUGGACGGCAUGAAGAACUCACCUGCUAACGGAGGUCCGGGCACGCCGCGCGAGGACAGUGGCAGUGGCAUGGGAGACUACAACUUGGGCGGGUUCGGCCCCCCCGAGAAUGACCAAACCGAAUCGGCGGCGAUCCUGAAAAUAAAAGAGAGUAUGCAAGAAGAGGCCAAGCGGUUUGAAAAAGAGAGCGACCAUCCGGAUUACUUCAUGCAAUAACACCCGGUCCCUCCUUAGCCCGAAUUUCCCCCUCUCACACUCCCCCUCCCUUAGCACAGUAGUUUAGACUGUAAUUGUCUAUAAAUUAUUUUUAAUUUUGACCUCAUAUCAUCGUGAGACUCUGAUUAUUUGAGCUCAUUGCUGCUAUAUACUAUAUCUGUCUGGUAUUUAUAACAUAAUUUGGUUCUUUUCCAUUGACCUCCCCCAUAAGUGAAUCACGUUGUUCACACAACAGUUUUAUUGGUACGAGCUAGAAAUAUAUCGAUCUGUGAAGUCAUUUGCAUAGUAUUUUAGAAUUUUUAAUAUCACCAUUUUAUUUAUUUCUUUUAUAUUCACUACAGUUAUAAUGUAAUUUUAAAUUAACUCAGUAUUAUUUUGCCCUUUUUAAAUUACAUAGGCUGUACUGUAAUACUAAAAGAGAGACGUGCCAAAAUGACAACACAGUGAAAGAAUAAUGAAUACUAUAUACAAAUGCUGGGGGAGGAUAAGCAAUGGAAAAGCCGUAUAGUAGUUGUAUAUUUAUUGUGAUACAUAAUUUAUUUUCUAUUUUUCUAUAACAAAUUUUCAAGUCUCUAGUCCAGAUAAUUGUAGUGUUGUGAUGUUGUAUAGUACUAGACCAAAUCCAAGAUGUAAGGAUUUUUUUAAAUCAAACUUUUUAAGGUUCAACUUUAAGCAGUCUCAAGAAAUGUUCAUUUAACCUCUUUUUUAGGUUUAAACAUAUCUUCUUAUCAAACAGUUAGACACUUAGAUCUCACUUGUAGAGUUACUCAAGGAAAAGUUGUCUGUUGUAUUCAUAGUUACUUAAAAUGUACAAUCAAUUCUUCCAAUUUGUAUUACGUUUUACAAAAGAGAUAUUUGAAGUUUAACAAUAGUUGAGCCAAAUUGAAGUGCUUACUUUUAUUGCAGAAUCCAAGAGUAGUUUUUAUUUGUGAGUUACGUUUUUGAUUCCAAAGAAACAAUCAUCAAUCUCUAGACCACGGUCACCUGUGGGCUUAACAAUGAAAUAGUAAUGUUUGGAUUCUGUGAAGCCUAAUUUUACAUAAAAUAUUAUAGUUAGAUAAGAAGAGAUCUUCCAGAUGAAGAUGGCUCCUGGAUGUUACAGAGGAGAGGUAAGGCCAUGAAAACUUAAAAUCCCUAAAAAAAGGGCAGGUUAAAUCUAUUUCUUACAAGGUUGCAGGUUCAUCCAGUACUCGCACUAUGAUGCAUUAUCCACAGAGCCGCAUUAUCAUCAAGUGCUUGUUUAUAUGUUUGAUCUGAAUUUUUUUGGCUUAAACUUUAUAUACCAGCAAGAUAAGAUCUUAUUCAUGAAUAUUUUGACAAGUGGUAGAAAUCGUGGCAGCUUUUUCUGGUUUGCAAAAUUGGUGGGUUUGUUGAAACAACUCGUUUUGUUAAUUGUUAUUUUACUCUACAAAACUAAAUUAUUUUUGUGAGCAGUGCUUUAGAAUGUUAUUGCUAUUUCAAAAAUAUAAAUUUAAUAGCAUGAAAGCCAUUUAAAACUCAUUGUAAAGUGUACGCAAAGCUCACUCUAGUAGCCCAUGAUUUGGCUUGCUGUUUAAUAAGGAGUAAACCCAUACAAGACUCUUGGCUUAGACGCGAUGCCAUAAUUGUUUUUAAUAUAUUUUCAGGACUGAUUACAACUCAACAGGUGUAAAAACAUGUUGUGCUUGCCAAAAUAAUAUCUGUUUAUUGAAGUUAUAUUUGUUUGCUUAAAGUAGCAGUUCACUUUGUAAAGUAUGUAAAAUUAAGUAGAAAAAACUAUUUAUAUAGCAAUUACAGGGGAAAUGUUCUGCUGAACAUGAAUUUCUAACCACGGUCGAGGCAUUAAUGACCAAAAUGUUCUCAUGUGGUACAUUUACAAAACGUACGUUCGUAAUACUAAAAUAUUAUAUUUCUUUAUAUAUAUUUUUUUUUACCAAAAAUUAAAGUUCUAACGUAAUUAAUUUUCUGUUUCACAAUUGUUCUGUGUUUGCCCACGUGCAACUUCUAAUUAAUUAUCUACAAGUAGAAUAGCAAAAAAGUACGAGUAUGUUUGUGACUAGAAUAUGAGUUCAAUAUUAAUCUCUCUUCUAAUUAUUUUCUAAUCUGCAAGACGUUUUAAAUAAUCAAACUAUCUUGCUGGUUUUAAGUUUUUCUUGAAUUUAUGAGUUGAAAAAGUGCGGGGUACUCAUGAAAGUAAAUAUAUUUUUAUUUUUGGUUGAAAUUUAACUAACAUGCUUAAGUUUAUUUAACAGAAAUCACAUUUGAAGAAUAUUACCAAGCUCAGGUAGUCCUGAAAUCGCAGAGUAUUCUUUAGAUAAGAAAAUUGGCUCUAUGCACAUAAGUUUACAAAUGUUCACUCCCCGAGUUUCAGUUCUUUAAAGUUUUGCGGCAAAUUAUUGCAGUUAACACCACAAUUUUGGUAUAUAUAAUUCAGUAUCUUUCCAUUUAUAUCUUUUGAAAAACUACUAUCUGAUCUAAGGGUUGUAGGGAAAUCUGAGUCCAUUAAAAAGCAAAUUUGAUAUUUUACUAUAAACUGUAUUAAAAUCUACAUUUUUUUAUAUCAAGUUAAAUCUUUUCUAAGAUACUGUUUCUUGAACGUACUUGUACAAGGAAUGCCUGAUAGGGUCCCCAUGUAGACAACUUGUGGUUAGUUAUCCUGCUGUGGUGUUAGUGUUUCUCUAGCAACUUACCUGUAGGUUGAAAUCCACUUUUUCGUUGGUUCUCUUUCACGUUUCAUGUUUCUGCAACAAGGCUCUUAAUGUUUCUUUACUUUCUCUUGGUUUCUUGUCCCCAGAAACCUUAGUAAACCCAAGGUUAAAAGAGGGGUUCAUGGGUAAAAAAAGUCAUAAUAGCAUUUACUGUAGAAUACACCAUAAAAAUGUUUGUAAGGGAUUUUGAGAUAUGUUUUAUGAACGUAAAAGAGUUGUGGCCAUGAAAAUAAUGGUUUCUAUAUGGUUAUAUUCCUCUAUAAGAAAAAGUUAUGUACCAAAUUAGAAUUGAAAAUUUUUUACGUUUCUACAGUGAAGCAUAAUGUGCUUACAAGCAAUACUUUGACAAGAAUACACACUGUAAUCACAUGUUUUCAUGACCACAACUAGCAAGUGUCCAGCAUUGCUUAGACUAGUAUUUAUUUUUAUUUAUUGAGCUAGAAGUUUUCAUUUAUUUAAGUUAAUUAUUGUAAAAAAGAGUUGUUAGGUAUUUAAGGUUACUGAACUGAUCUGAUUAUUUUGAUAAGUAAGUAGAAUGUGGGAAGACAUGACAGAAUCAUUUCGAUUUGAUAAGUAUUUAGAAUGUGGGAAGGCAUGUAAUAGAAUCAAAGUUACUGAAUUAAUAAACCUCACCACAGUGACAGACCAAUCCUCAAUUCCUACUGUCAGUUAAAGAUAAAAAAAAUUGGAAAGGCAGUCGCUGGGACUGACCGACAGAAGUGACUACUUCCUACAACGGGCUGUGAAUAUAUAUAUCUUGAUAAAGUAUGUUUCCCAAUUAUUAAAUGGUUAUUUUUUAUAUGUUAAAACAAUAUGAGACACUCAAUUCUUUAAUAUAAAAGAGUUUUAUAUUUUCUAUUAAUUUUAUUCAUAUUUUUGUAAUAUUUUUUACAUUUUCUUUAUUAUGGUUUGUAUUAGUUUCUAUAAUUUUGUUAGUAUCAUUUUCAUUACAAUCUCUUAUUUCCGAAAUAAUUACUUCAUUUUCAUUGUCAUAUUCUAAAAAUGAAAUAAUGUGUUUAUAGUAACUGAAAUCAGAAAUAACAAUUCUGGAGUAAAAUCUUGCUAAAUAUCUUGCAAACUAAGCAUCUAUUGUUGUCCAUAUCUAGUUUUACUUACUCAUGUUUUUAUCGUUUUGACAUUGUUACAUUUAAUUCAACUUUAAAAAAGUCAAUUAAUGGUUUUGACAUUUCUUCAGCAAAACUUGUAUUAAAAUCUGUUUUUACUUAAUUUAUUUUUUUAAUUGAAUGCAAGGUAAGGUCCAAUGUAAUUCAGUAAAGGCCCAAUGUAAUUCAAUUUUUUUUAAGUCAAUGUUUUGAUGUUUCUUCAGCAAAAUUUGUAUUUAAAUCUGUUUUUACAUAAUUUAUUUUUUUAAGUGAAUGCAAUGUAAGGCCCAAUGUAAUUGAGUAAAGGUUAUAAUUUUAAUCAGCAGUAAGACUAAUUUUCUUCCAGGAUUAAAUUACACUAUGGCUUUCUUAACUAGAUAAGAUCUGAUAAAUUUAUUUUAAUUCUUUUUUAAAUCUCGUCAGGACGAAACUAAUAAUGAACAUAGUAAUAGGAAUUAAUGUUAACCAUGCUGAAAUUCAAUUUAGAAUCCAAUGAGUUUUAAAUGAUACAGUACGUUAAUCAAUUUUCAUUGGAUUCAUUAAUAAAUAAAUUAGUAGUUGUAGAUUUAUUCAAACCAAUCCAUAGCCCGCCAAAAGAAGUAGUCACUUCAACAAGGAACGACAGUAAUCUCUCACUAGCACACCUGGAUAGUCACUGAACGGAGAAACACUCAGACAUCAGAAUGGCUGCAAUAGUCCUGCUCCUAGCGACUACAGAGCAAACAAGUGUGACGCAAAACGAAAGUUUUUCCCCGUGCAAAACAUAGAUCCAUAGCCCACCGAAAAAAGUAGUCACUUCAAAAACCACUUUAUGUCCAUUAAUUCCUUAUUAUACAAAUUCUGUGUUUUGAAACUAAACCUAGAGUAAAACAAUAUUAGCCAACUCCGGGUACAUUUAUACAGUUCUAUUAUUUAAAUUAUAUUUCCCAUUGACAGUUAACAAGCAUGAAAAUAAAAACAAAAACGGUUUAAAUUUUGUCAGGGCAACACUGUACAUACGAAUAUGGAGGAGCUAUGCUUGAUAGCAAUCCUUUUGGUACCGACAUCUGUUUAUACUCUAAAGGAAUGCAGGUGGUUUAAUCAUUAGGUGUGUAGAAUCGUAUUGACUGGAUGAAAAAAAUACUUGUUAACUGAUUUUAUACUCACAUAUAUUCAAACUAUAAAAUUCAAAUGAGACGGAUGUAUAGUGGACUCUUAUUUUUUAUAUAUGUGGCAAUGCUUGAAGUUGGUCUUUGACUUUCACAUCUGUUCCUGUGUACCAAUUUUUAAAUUCUAACAUUAAUGCAGUUGUUAUAGCAUUUCAUGUUGAAAUUAAACCCUUAAAUUUGGGAAAUAACUUGUUUUUAUGUAAUUAAAAAAAAUUUUUGAAUAAAAAAGCUACUUGUACUUUCAAAAUGAUUACAAUUUUUUGUAAAAAAAAACUGGGUAGUGCAUUUUACUAACAACAACACCCAUGGAUUGGAUCUAACAAUAACAAUAGGUAUUGACUAUUGUGCUUGCCCCUUUAAAUUCGGAAUAACAUUUCUCGGUUGGCUAACAUUUAAUAAUAAGGGUUUUCCAUGCUGAUUAUUGGAACUCAAACUAAAAAUAUACCUGCAGAUAGCAUACAUUGUGCAGAUAUAUUAUGUUUUGUCAAAAAGCAAUACAUUUGUCUGAAUAUGGAAUGGCUUUGCAGAUUCUGUGUAUGAACGUGUAAAACAUGUAUAGAAGAGAAAGUUUAUUUAUUACCCUUAAUGCUGUUGGAAGACAUAACUUCCAAAGUGCAAUCUUCCUAUUAUAGUUAACUAGACAUCACCUACAAAUGAAUAUUUAAAGCUGCACUAUAUCACUGGAUGUGUGUAUAUUCGAAGGUAAUUCACGAGUUCUGCAUUGUAAAUGGCAGUAUUAUAUGUGUAGUUUAUGCAUUAUACAAUGUUGUUAUGUUAGAGCUUAAUCAUAUAUGGUCUCUGUGUUUUAUAUUGUUGGAAUUACGUUUAUUUAUUCAAGAUUUUAUUUGGACCAUUUAUUAUAGUUCAGCUGUUGAUUUAUUUUCAAGUGGCACUGGUUAUUUAUAUUUUUGUAUUCACUAUGUAACGUAAUGGAUAUAGUUUUCAUUGAAUGUAUGAGUGUGUGCGUGCAUAUGUGUGUGUGUGUGAAUUUUAGUAUUUACUUUUUUCUAGGUAUAAGAUAUUUCAUUUAUUGAGAUCAUAUCAUAAUUUUUCAUGUCAUGUAAUAUGGCAAUCAAUAUAUUUAUUUUUAUAAUUAACACAGUUUUAUGUGUACAGACACAGACAUUUUGUACAACUCUUUGUACCUUCUUUAUUAUAAGGUUAGUAAAAUACUCAUAUUAUAAGAUUGGUAAAAUACUCAUAAAGUGUAAUAGAUAAAUUAAAUCAUUAUUCAUGAUGACGAAUAAUCGACUAAAAGAAUUUUAUAAGCAGUUUUGGGUUGUACAUUUUUUGUUAUUGUGACCCAUGUUUUUACAUAAUUAUGAAUGUUUUAAAAGUAGAGUCUAUUUUUCUUUGAUACCUGUAUUUUUGUGUGCCUUAAAUUUCAAUUACGUAAUAUAAUUUCUGACUCAUAUCAUAUUUGUUUCAUCAAUAUAAACCACAGUCACAAAUACACUAUGGA